AUGUGCCGCGACGGCGCCCCGCCCCCUGCCGCGGCGGCGCUCCGCCCACCGAUCACGUGCCGCGACGGCGCUCCGCCCCCUGCCGCUGCGGUGCUCCGCCCCCUGCCUCGACGGCGCCCCGCCCACCGAUCACGUGCCGCGGCGGCGCCCCGCCUCCUGCCUCGACGUCGCCCCGCCCUCCGCCGCGACGGCGCUCCGCCCACCGAUCACGUGCCGCGGCUACGCCCCGACCCCUGCCUCGACGGCGCUCCGCCCACCGAUCACGUGCCGCGACGGCGCCCCGCCCACCGAUCACGUGCCGCGGCGGCGCUCCGCCCUCUGCCGCGGCGGCUCUCCGCCCACUGCCUCGAGGGCGCCCCGCCCACCGAUCACGUGCCGCGGCGACGCCCCGCCCUCUGCCGCGGCGGCGCCCCGCCCACCGAUCACGUGCCGCGGCGUCGCCCCGCCCCCUGCCUCGACGGCGCUCCGCCCACCGAUCACGUGCCGCGGCGAUGCCCCGCCCUCUGCCGCGGCGGCGCUCCGCCCACCGAUCACGUGCCGCGGCGUCGCCCCGCCCCUGCCUCGACGGCGCCCCGCCCACCGAUCACGUGCCGCGACGGCGCCCCGCCCUCUGCCGCGGCGGCGCUCCGCCCCUGCCUCGACGGCGCCCCGCCCACCGAUCACGUGCCGGGGCGGCGCUCCGCCUCCUGCCUCGACGGCGCCCCGCCCUCCGCCGCGACGCCGCUCCGCCCACCGAUCACGUGCCUCUACGUCGCCCCGCCCACCGCCGCGACGGCGCCCCGCCCACCGAUCACGUGCCUCGACGUCGCCCCGCCCUCCGCCGCGACGGCGCUCCGCCCACCGAUCACGUGA